GUGUGUUUUGCGACAGACCGUGUUCCGUGACGCAGCACAUCAUUAUUAUCACAGCAGAUGAAUGCAACAUAAACGCAUAGUUCCAGUGCUAUGGAGAUUCCCACGGGAUGAGAGCAGCGAUGCGCUCGGUCACAGCGACGCCACAUUCACAUCCGUCUGCCUUUUAGCUGGUACCCGUGAUCCUGCAACAUGCAGAGCUCCUGGAAGAGUCCUCUCCGUGGGCCUUCCUGAAUCCACCCAUGCCUGUCAUCCCCAUCCCACGGAGGGUUCGCUCCUUCCACGGCCCUCACACCACCUGCAUGCACUCCGCCUGUGGCCCGGCGCGCACCGCCCAGCUCGUACGCACCAAAUACAACAACUUUGACCUGUACCUGAAGUCUCGAUGGAUGUAUAGCUUCAUCCGGUUCCUUCUGUAUUUCGGCUGCAGCCUCUUUACCUCCCUCCUCUGGGUGGCGCUGUCUGCGCUCUUCUGUCUUCAGUACGUCAGCGUGCGGAUUUUCCUUCGCCUUCAGUACAAGCUGUCCGUCAUCCUCCUCCUGCUGGGUCACCGGCGACUGGACUUCGGGAUCCUCAAUGACCUGUUCAUAUACAGCAUGCAUGUGACCAUGUUUCUGAUCGGAGGCCUGGGAUGGUGUUUCAUGGUCUUUGUUGAUAUGUGACGUUCUGAUCGUGUGAAUAAAAGUGAUACAAGACAUG